GUGUGAUUAUGAAGACAUGGGAGACGACAUGCUAUUUAAAAAGAGUGACACUAGUGCAAUAACAUUAUUUCCAUUUAUUUCAUUUCAUUGAAUGGCUUGCACCUGUGCCUACAGACUAAUAAAUGCACGGUAUGGUUCGCAUGAAAAAUUCCCCACUCACACACCUAAAGAUAUAUGGUGAAGCAAGAAUCCUCGUUUUCUAAGUUAUUCUCAUUUUAGGCCUGGUAGGUGAACGCACCUGGCGAACUGGCCUCGGACAACAUCAUUGAGGUGUCACAAGCUGAUAAAAAUAAACUUUCAGCACCAGUUUAACCCGUUUUGUAAGCUUCUGUUGUUCAAACAUAUAUUACACGUCUAUUGUAACAUCAGAAUGGCCUAUUGUCACGUCAUAGAUAAAUAUCCAAAUGCAAUUGAAGAAAUUCCCCAAGUCACACCACCGCGCUGGCAGCUCGGUUUCGUCCAUGGGUUCCGUGAUCAAUUGUUAAACAAACGGCGACACCGCUGAUUUGGCUGGUUGUGCUCAGGGCCUAAUGGUGUGACAGGCCUAGCGACGGUCACGGUAGACUCGGUGUCCGUUACCUGAGCCACAAUAAGAGCCUGACAAAAGCCCGAAGACGCAAAGAGCAGCAGACGCAAUAUGACCAUUGGGAGAGAUAAACACGUAGCGACAUUAAAAGAUACGGACAAAACAACUGACAAGGGUCAUGAGAAGCAAGAUCAGUAUGCACAGAGAGGAGGCUGGUGGAAAGACACCAUCAAAGACACCCCUAACCCCGGCACCUACCAUAUCCGAGACUUCAUUGAGGAGGCCACGCUCAACCCUGUCCGCCAAACCUAUGGCUUCCGGGGCACAGGGCGCAAUGUGCAAACCAUCCGUGGGCGCAAGGGUGACAUGCUCCUGCCCGGUGCCUACGACUUCCUGGACUCCACCCAGCAGGCGCUGCAGCGCCAGGCCUCGUGUGCCUUUAAGAACCGCCCGCGACCUGACAACUACACGCUGGGCCUCCGUGACAAGGACAUAAACAUCUCCCCAUGUCACUAUGACACGGUGGACAAACCCGUCCCCAUACUACCCUGCAGACAUAUGGUGUUUCGUUCGGCCGUACCUCGUGUCACCUUCCUCCCCAGAGAAGGCCCCACUCCUGGACAGUAUGAUGUGAAGACUCCCCAAAGCUCCACGCCUGUCAUCUCCUCCUGCUUCAAGUCCAUUGUACCUCGCCUUCAUUCUGUUCGCUCGAGGACUCCAGGGCCUGGGACGUAUGAGCCGUCAUGGCAGCUGGGGCAUCACCUGGGCACUGUGGCUGACAUGGGUCGCACCCACGGCCUCUUCUUCCGCAAUGUAUUCUGAGACCGGAGUCGUCACAACCAGCUGUCAAUCAAAUCUCUAUCCCGCAUAAUGUUCACAGGCACCCAGCAGCUCAUCUCUCCAUCCUGCCACUCAUGUCACGCAGGCUCAGGACAGUGUGUGAUGUUUUCUGUUUUCUCUCCAUAAAAGUUAAAU